CACCACGGCGACCACACACACACACACACACACACACACACCUCAACCCGGAAGAAGAAGUGAAAGUGAAUUUUAUGGGAUGGAUCUGCGUCGCUCUCUCUCACUUCUGCUUUAAUCUGUUCACAUGUAGCUGCUGCUGAGAGAGAGAGAGAGAGUCACUGGGCGAGGAAUUACAAUGGACCUUGAAGGAGUUCCUCCUCCAGUGAUUGAGAACUCGAUCCUCACGGACUGGGUUUCGAUCGGCGCCGGGGGGUUUGGAGAAAUCUACAAAGCCAAGCAUCAGGGGUGGUGCCUAGACGUGGCCAUUAAGCUGCUUCAUAACGAUGGAGGACAGACACACGAAAAAAGGAUCCAAGCUUUGCAGCGGGAGGUCCAAAUGAUGCUUCGAGGAAGCAGCGAGUAUGUUAUGCAGGUCCUUGGCAUCUUCAAUGGUCGACCACAAAACUCUGGACCCUCAGCCCGGCUGGGUCUGGUCAUGAAGUACAUGGAGAAAGGAACUCUUGAAUCCCUACAGAAAACUUUAGAUGGAGUUCCACCGGUACCGCUGGUCUUCAGGCUGGCUCACCAGGUGGCUCUGGGGAUGAACUUCCUCCACAGCCUCUCCCCUCCCAUCCUCCACCGUGACCUGAAGCCCAGCAAUGUGCUGCUGGACUCAGAUCUCAAUGUCAAGCUCACAGAUUUUGGCCUUUCUCAGCCUAGUCAGACUCAGGCUCAGGUUUCCAAGACGGAUAAAGUAGACGGGGGAGGGACGACCAACUACAUGCCCCCGGAGGCUUUUGACAUAAAUUACAAACCUUCACGAGCCUUUGAUAUCUACAGCCUUGGUAUCCUGCUGUGGUCCAUCGCCACAGGGAAACAACCAUAUCCAUAUGCUACCCCCAGUGUUGUGAUGUUCCAGAUCCCCAGGGGACAACGACCAUCGCUGGAUGAGCUCAGCGUCCGGGCUGCAGACCAGGUGGAGCUGAGGGGACUGGUGGAGCUCAUGAUAAAAUGCUGGGAGACCAGUCCCACCCAAAGACCCUCAUCCUUGGAAUGUACAAAGAUCACAGAGAAACUGUAUGAGAGGCACGAACAUGAAAUUAAUGAUGUCGUCCAUGAAGUGCUGAAGAAACUGCGGGAGCAGAAGGAACGAGACAAACUAGCGGAGAAGCUUCAGAGCCUUGGUGUCACUCCAGCCAAAGGGUCUCCCACGGUGAAGAAUCAUGAUACUGUGAAGACGGGACCCCCGCCCGUUCAGGAAGUGGUCCCUGAGAGGAUCUCAAAUCAAAGGGUCAAAGACCCGCCGGCCUCCCAACAAGCAAACAUGUGUGAUGUUGACACGACCCGCUCGUCCACAGACGACCAUGAACCAAAGCUUCCUCCGUUCGGCCCCGAUCCGGCCCUCCUUCCAACAAUAAUCCAAAGCUCCAGCACAAACCUAAUCGCCGGCGCCUCCUUCCACCACGAGCGUCAGUUCUCCAGCCCGACUCCUUCUACGAGUCAACCAACACACAAUGUCUACAUCCACUGCAGCCACGUGACGGGAGUUCAGAUCGGCAACAAAAACACCCUGUACAUCAACAAGGAGCCUUCAGAGAGGAAGCGACACCCAACAGCGCCAUCUCGUGUCAACCCCCCAUCACCGCAUCCAGGAAGCAGGAAGAACUAG